UGUUAUCUCUGUAACAGUGUUCAUUGGAAAAUUCUCCGACCGAACCAAUAUUUCAUAUUUCAUCGAAAAUUUCCAUAUAGAUUGGAACCCAUACUGACACUUGUGUCUACUGAGACAGGUGAAAGCGUUCAACAGUUUACAACCGUUACAUGCGCAGCAGGUCAAAGAUUGCCAAUCAAAGGGGAAAGCUGUAAUUACUUUAGCCAGAGAAACUGGCAUCGGUUCCUGCUACGUAGUGAAAGGCAAUUAAGAUAUCUUGCCAAGUAAUGUUACUGUAAAACAUGGCUGGUGCGCUCCUCGGCAGGUUUCUGCUUUUGACACAGUUAUGCACUUAUGCAAGAGCGACAAAAUUUUGCCGCGAAUCCCAUGGGAUGACGCAUAACAACGAAGUUUUAAUCGGGCAUUCUUACAAAUCGCUACUAACACGGGGGAUUUUUGGUUGUGGGCAUGAGUGCUUGGCCAGUCUAAAGUGUACAUCCUAUAACUAUCAAACAUCAGCGGUUGGACGAGGCAUCUGCGAGCUUAAUGACGGUGAAUUUAGUGGCAAAAGACAUUUGGUAAAGAAACAAGGCUUUGUCUUCGUUCAAGUGAAAUGGAAACAGAGACCCAAAAGUUGCUGGGAGGCCUGGAAACAAGGGGCAAGAACAUCGGGAUACUACUUCAUUCAGGGGAGGACGGAGUGUCUCUUUUACGAAAUGUACUGCGACUUCAGUUCAGAACCCGGUUGGGCCUGGACUCUAGUCAUGUCACAGAGCUUGAGCAGUAGGAGCAAAGCUUUUGCGAAGGAUUCAUUCUUACGAGGACCUUUUAAAAACCAGCAGUAUCCAAACUGGGAAAACUACAGAAUUGGCAACAGUCGAAUGAAUAUUGUGCAAGGGCAGUCCAGCCACUGGCGAGUCACAUGCGAUUUCCCAUCUUAUGGUGUCGAUUACAGAGAUUACGUCAGGGUCGCUUUUAAAAAAAUAAAUCCGAUGAAAUACAAGGUCAGUGGGGGAUGCCGAGAAGUGGAAUACAUCAACAUCCGAGGGCAUAACUGUACAAAAUGCACAGCUGGCUGGUGGCAAACAGACACUCAAUUUCUGACGCACUUUAGUGAUAAGGAUAUUUGCCAGUUCGGCAAGACACUGGGUUUCCUUGACAACGAGGCCAACUUCGGCGGCUAUUGGAAGAACAAUGUUAGCUCUGAGUUUCGGUGUUCAUCAGUGAACACGUCCACCACCAAUCAUUGGUUCGGAGGUAAAGUAUAGGCGAUGACAAGAACAUUAAAAAUCGCCAAAGACAACUUCAAAAACAACGACAGCGACACCUUUAAACACAAACAACGCUUAGUAGCGAUAAAGAAAAUGCAGCAAUUUGUAUGCGUCCAGAUCCCUCGUGAUUUUAUUAACAACGACCACAACGAUUUUCAGGUAAUUUAGUGUUAACAACUGGGUUGAAAACGUAAAUUAGC